AUGGAAUGUGUUCGACUAAACAGCGGCUAUGAAAUACCUACGAUUGGAUUGGGAACUUGGGAGCUGACUGAUAGGGAAAUCUUCCUCAAUGCACUUGAAGAAGCCUAUAACCUUGGGUACAGACACAUUGAUACUGCAAGCUUCUAUGGAAAUGAAGAUAUUAUUGGGGAGUUCCUAAAGAAGCACGAUAGGAAAGAGUUUUUUAUAACAUCCAAGCUCUGGAACACUGAUCACAGCAAUGUCCUCGCAGCGAUCAACAAGUCUUUGGAAAAGCUAAGUACUGAUUAUCUUGACAUGUACUUGGUCCACUGGCCAGUUAAUCUUAAUGGUCCAUUUGAUCUGAAGAGUGUGUGGACCCAAAUGGAGAAGCUAGUUGAUCUAAAUAAGACAAAAUCAAUUGGCGUGGCCAACUUUGGCAUUAAAAAUCUUACCAAACUCCUAGAAUUUUGUAAGAUUAAACCUGCCAUAUUGCAGGUUGAGCUUCACCCUUAUCUUCCUCAAUAUGAACUAAGAGAAUUUUGCGAGAAAAAUCAAAUCCGAGUUAUGAGCUAUUCUUCUCUAGGCUCAAGUUUUGGAGGCAAGGUGAUUCUAACCAAGGAUCCUGUGCUGAGUGAUGUGGCCAAGCGCCAUAACUGUCCUGUCCAGACUGUUAUUUUAAAUUUUCUUUUAUCGGAAGGGCUGUUAGUGAUUCCACGAUCCAAAUCAAAAGAGCAUCUGAAAACAAAUAUGCAGAGAAUUGAGCUAAAGGACGAAGAUAUGCAGAAAAUAAGGGACAUUAAGACUCGAUAUAGGUAUAUUGACCCCAAGCCCUUUGGCGACCACAGGUUUGACUGA